GUCUAACAGGCGUGAAGCUGCACCAGUUGAUCUGGAUUUUGAUCCCCAGCGAUGAUGUCGUCUGCUGUCAUGCUGGUCGCGGCCUUGUUUUCAGUCCCUGUGAUCGUGUUGAUCAUCAACACAACGAAAAAUUAUAAGAAACGGAGAAAUAAGAAAGUUAUUUCUGUUUUUACGAGGUAUCCCAGCCCAGGGGUGACAAAGACUCGCCUGAUACCAUGCUUAGGAAAAGAAGGAGCUGCAUAUGCGCAGAGGAGAAUGACGGAGCACAUUUUGGAGCGUUUGAGUGAAUACUGCAGUAAGAACAGAGACACAGACCUGGCAGUGUGGUACAAUGGAUCCACGGAGAAGAACAUGAAAUACUGGCUGACCCCGAAAUCAGGGGGGUACGAUUUUAUGUACUUAUAUCAGCAGCCACCAGGUGGCCUCGGAGAGAAGUUAAGGGAGGCAACUCUAUCUGCGCUCAGGGGAGGCAAAGAGUUUGUUGUCAUUGUAGGUUCUGACAUCCCUGGACUGGAUGCUAAUGUGAUGAAGGAAGCGUUUGAGACCCUGGAGAGCGGGGCAGAGAUGGUGCUGGGACAGGCUGAGGACGGGGGGUACUACUUAGUGGGGUUCUCUAGGGACGCAGCCAACAAGAUAGGUGAGGUAUUUGAGGGGAUGGAUUGGGGGACAGAUAAGGUCUUUCAGCAGCAGUGUGACAAAGCUAAACAACUGGGCAUCAAUCUGCUAAUUCUCGACACACAGCUCUCUGAUGUGGACCUGGAGGAGGAUCUUCCAGUUUUGGAGGAGGCACUGAAAAUCCAGCGUCGGGAGCUGACGGAGAGGAAGUGGAGCGUGAUCAUACCUACCAUGAACGAGGAGGAUAAUAUUGUACACACAAUACAGACAGUGUGUCAGCACUGCAGUGAUGAGUCUAGGAUUCAGGAGAUCAUAGUUAGUGAUGGGGGAAGUAAGGACAACACAGUCAGGAAGGUCAAGGACUUCUCUCUGAAGGUCAACAUUCCAGUCAAGGUCAUCAACAGUUCACCAGGGAGAGGGUUCCAGCAGAAGGCGGGAGCAGAAGCAGCCUCGGGAGAUUUACUGUUAUUUCUCCAUAGUGACACUCUGUUACCGCGGAACUUUGACAACGCUGCGGAGAUUUGUCUAAAAACUCCAGGGAAUGUAGCCGGCUCCUUUGUCUGGAGUGUAGAUCUGGACAGUAAAGACAGUUGGUUUUUUAAGCUUCAGAUGAAAUUUGUGGAAUAUUUAACCAACAGAAGAAUAGAAAACUUUGAAUAUCCAUUUGGAGACAAUGCAAUAUUCACAACUCGUCACAUGUACAACAAAAUCGGAGGAUUUAAAGAAGUUUAUCUACUGGAGGAUGUUCUUCUGGUAGAGGAACUGUGGAGGAAGGGACAUAUAGGUAUAGCACCCGGUCACCCGGUUAUUACUAGUGCUUGCAGGUGGAGAAAAUGGGGCCUCAUAAGGAUCACAGGAUUAAAUCGAGUGAUUCUGCAGGCUCAUUACCUUGGUGUAUCUACGGAAACCCUGGCUCUGUGGUAUUACGGAGACAAACUGAGAUCUGUCAUGGCCGCCAACAAAAAGAAAGACUGAGUGAAUAAAGAAUGUCAAAUAUUGACUGAAUGAAUAACCAGGAAGUUUAAUAGUUUAAACUAUGUGAAUUUAAAAUACUGACCAAGUGAUCAAAAUCAAAACAGGGACUAUAAGUUUUUAAAACUUGUUUCUAAAUCCUUUUUUGAUAUUUAUAUACUAUUUGCCUGUACUUGCUAUUUUUCUGCUAAGAUGGAUUUUCUAUCGGAUUUAACAGACAUUGUCAGAAGCAACUUGGGAUUAAUUUCUCAGCAUACAAGUGCAAGUUAAUUAUAGUAUUUUGCACAUCCUUCUUCAAUGAAGAAACAACGAUUGUAUUGUCAUACUAAUCAAAUAACUACUGAAUUCGAAGAUUUUUUUAUUAAAGAAACUUUCAUUUAUGCAUGAACAUGUACUUUGACGGUGUAAACGUAGUAUUCACACAACCUAGAGGGGAGGUGGGG